CACAUGGAAACAGGGACAUUAUCAAUAUUUACGUUUGACCAUAGAAACCGCUGGGGAUAAGGGUAUAAAUGGAACUGCACCUACCAGACAACAGCAACUACCUUGGGCUGUUUGGUUUACUAAGUGCUUUUUGAGUGGAACUAAAAUGAAGGUUGCCUGGAUUUCAGCUGUCUGUGUAGCUUUUGUCUGUUUCUUCCAGCACGGAGAUGCAGCAAUUACCGGCUGGACAGAACCAUCUAUAACCGGAGCGGAUGGAGCAGGAACGCUUUUUCUUCUAGAAACCCAAGCCACAAGUACAACAAUUACAACAUUCGCCGCCACAACAGACGCAACUGCUACAUACUCCUUACCAACUGCAGUUAGUCCAUUUGCCGUGGCUUCAACUGGUGAACUAACAAUUACUGCCGCACUUGACUUCGCAACAACGCCAUCCUACACAUUAAAAAUCGAAGCAGUAGAUGAUGCCACACCACCGGCUACUGGAACAGCUACUAUCACAGUCGUUCAAAAUGUAGCUCCAGCAUUUGCAACCAGUUACAGUCCGUGUCUUGUUGACGGUUCCCCAGUUGAUACUACUGUGGUAACCGUAUCGGCAACAGACGCGAAUAGCGGUGACGGUGACACUGUCACGUACGGACUAAGUGGUACAGAUUUCAAAAUUGAUACGAGCACAGGCCUCAUUCAGGUUAAAGCAGGAACCACCAUUGACAAGGCCACUACACCAAGCUAUGAUAUUGUUGUCACUGCCACCGACACUGGUACCUUAUCAGCAACAACAACAGUUUCUGUAACAGUCGCGGACUCCUGCAGCAGUGCAAUGGGUGUUGCUGUCAGUUUGAUGGCACUUCUUGCUACUCUUUUGGUUAACAUAUUUUGAACAGCAGAGAAAACGUAAAAUAACGUGAAAUUCCAGUUUUGCAUAACAUAAAAAUAAACAUUUAACAUUAGCAUUCGUCAUAUCUAUUUUCGGCUUUUUUUGUUUUCCGAAAUGUUCCCAUUUUAUCACCGCGUAAGAAAAAGUAAGUUUCCAAUUUGUUUCCUUUUUCCAGUACAAUAGUGUAUGACAGAAGUUGUUAUUUGGCAUUCAAAAUGUGUAUUAUAUAAGAAUUUUAUUUAAGAAAUGAAAUGUCAUACACAGCUAGAUCCCAAUAAGAAACUUAUGUACAUAGCAUUGUAUAGAAAACAGGUGCCUAAGGCUUUAAAAUAUAUGAUUUUUAAACCAAGUGUAGGCAGAAUGCUUCAAAGAAAUCUAUAACAUAGUCUUGAAUUUUACGACUUCUUUAUAACCGCUGUUAUAGCCACCUUCCCUACUCUAAUAUAUUUUUUUAUAAGGACAAAACAUGUGACAGGUUUAAAGAAUUUAUCUCUUGCACUUACUGUCACUUUCUGUCUAAAAUAGCGUUUUUAAUUCAUUUAAAUAUACAAAAUUACUAACAUUAUACGAUUGUUAUGUAUAUUCGUGUACUUUAGGUGAGAUGACCGAUACACUUUAGACAGAGUAGAAACUUUUACGAAACUAGGCUUUAGAAGAUGAUAGAAUUAACAAUUGUAUGUAUAUAGGAAAUACAUACAAAUAAGAACUUUCAUUUUGUUAGUCGGAAUACAUUUUUGUCUUCCGAUGAUUUAUGGUAACACUUGAGAUUUACAAUUUGUUUUAUAACUACACAGUUAUAAUACUGCUAUUCGACAUGCGAGCAAACUGCCAACAGUUGUGACAAAAAAUAAACUGUUCUUAUAAGAAACUUUCUAUAAUUGUUUUCCAAGUUCCUGAAAGUAUAGCUCUAUAGUGGUCGUAAGUCUACUCCCUUCAGUACUUAGUUGUCAUAGAAACAUUAUAAUGAUGUUUGUUGUAUAAGGGAAGUGAUUUUUGUUAUGAGAUAUCUUUAAAUCGAUGUCGAAAUCAUUUUCCCGUGUUUUUUUUAACUUGUAGUUAGUUUUUAGACGUGUUCUUAUUUUCUUUUAUAUAUCUAUGAAAUGAAUAAUAAAAAUUAAGAUUUUGUUUGGUUCAUUUGUGUGUAAAGUGUUAACACGUAUCUAUUUGUUUUAUUGAAAUUUUAUCUCUAUACAUGGCAAUGAUGAGGACAAUAUCAAACAAUUUUAUUGCUUUACGGCAUUUUUUUUUAAAUAUUAUACUUAACAUUAACCAUUUUUUGAGUGAAAAAAUAUUAUUUUGUUUAAAACUUA